AUGAGUUCAGAUGCUGUUGUUACUGGAAGCUAUCCACCCUCUGAUCUAGAGGUUCUAUGCGCUCCUCUUGGGUGUGCUAUUCAUGAAAUUUUGGAAGAGCGUUCCCCGUUAAACGGAUUGCCUACCGAAGAGAAGGCCUAUUUCUAUGAAGUUCUCAAAUCCUUGACGAGAAGUAAGGUAUACGUGCCACUGACUUUUAACCAAACAGCAGAAUCUGGAAUUUUUAGGAAAAAACCGAAAGGUGAUAAGUUGUUGAGUCAGCAAGAUAUUGUCGAACACGUUUGGAAAAUUAUUCGAGAAGAGCUCUGCAAAUUUAUUGAAGAUCGGAUUAGUUUGCUCUUAGAGCAAGCAAUACAUGAAGAAAGCUUUGAGGGCUAUGUCGCAAAUUUGUGGCCUACAGUUUUCGAGGAAGACAUCAAAAAGAAAAUGGAGACUUUAAAUAUCGCAUGCCAAUAUCUUAACGAUAAUUUCCCUUAUAUCUUCUCUCAGCAUCCAAUGGUCACCAGCGUGUACCGAUAUUCUGAGUAUCACUGCAUUAGAUUUCUGGUGAAAUGCCUCGGACAGAAAAUCAAGCCCUUCUUAGAAAACGUGCUUCAGAAUUUGAGGAAUUGUUUUAAUAAUUUGUACGGUGAGCAUGAAUGUAAUGGGCAACGUUGUUUACCAGGGUCAAUAAUCAGCCCAUUGAAACUUAUGAAUGAUUAUAAAGUUACUUUGGAUAAGCGCGGUGAAGCAUCGAUAAAAGAUUUCUAUAUGAAUAAUGUCGAAGUGACUUCCCAUCACUUAUUGCGAAACAUUCCAGCUUAUCAGUGUUUUAACGUCAUCGAACGUUUUCUCACAACAGAACUUGUGUUAGUUUCAACUAUCUCCAGGAAUUGGAGCUUCGAAGUGAAGAAGAUUGUACUAAAAAAUACCCUUCAUGAAUCCACAAUUCUGAAAAAGCUUGUCCCAGUUCUUGUCUUAAAAGAAAAUAUGAGCAAGGAGUAUGAAAUAACAAAACUUUCAUAUCUAUCUGCUGGCCGGAAAGAGGUUUUUUUUCAAAUAUUGACAGAAACAGUCACUUCCAUAUUCAAAGAAUCCUAUAGUUUGCAGCAUAACAUGACUGAUAUUUUAUCCUGUUGCCAGGCUAUGUAUAAUCACAAGGGGCCAGAAUCUUCACUAAUAGUCAAGAAAGCGCUAAGAAACACCUUCAAUGGGGAAGCAAAUCUUAUCGAUCCUCUUUUAAAAGAUUUAGACGCUAGGGUAAAGAAGUGCUAUCAAUCAUUAAUUUUGCAUCACACUAUGGAGCCUGUUCAAGCAAAGGACAAUGAAAUGAAAUGGGAUGUAACGUGGAGAAUACUGGGAGACUAUGGUCUCAAGGAGACCUUCUUAGCUGUUUAUCUUGAAAAGAGCCUUUUUAGAAGGAUGAUCUUAAUGAGUGACAAUUUUCUCAACCUUAUGAAUAAUCCUCAAAAUGCCGAAAUGUUGUUGAUUACCAGACUUCUCGCAAACAGCGAAAACAUGGAAUCAUUGAAGAAACUAAAAAGUUUGGUGGAGGAUGCCGAGAAAUCCCAUCAACUUUUAGAGCAUUAUAAGAAUAAAAAUGAUAUUGUACUUGUUCCAAUGCUGUUUGAAAGGAAUAAUAUACCCAGAUCCUUUCAAGAGAUGGAUUUUCAGGGGCUUAAUCUACCUCCAGUUCUUCAAGAAGUUUGGAAUGAUUUUGCGGAGGAAUACAGAAAGAGCGAUUCAAAGGCAGCAUAUAAAUCUAUAAAACUGCAGCAUAUGCUUCAUCACUUGGAAGUAAGUACACCAUUCAAGCUAGGUGCAAACCAAAAUUUGAUUCUAGAGGUGACGUUGCUGCAAAGCUCUAUUUUGGAUCUUUUCAACCAAGAUGUUACUUUUAGUUUCGAAGAAAUGCUAGCUACUUUAAAUGUCCCUUCCUCCCAUCUUCGUUUGGCUCUGAGCGCAUUCAUGGAUAUCAAGCUGUUAAUCGAAUCGGCCGGUAUAUACACAUUAAACAUGCGAUUCAGACCUGAUAGAAAAAAGGUUAGAAACGGAAAGCUUCGCGUAACCCAUCGUUCCCCGCAAAAUACAAGUACUGGCGGGCUUGGUACUUCAAACCCGUCCAAAGGCAACGAAUCAAUGUGGAGAAAAGAACUGAUGCUUGCUUGCAUCAUUCGGCGUUUGAAGGUCGAACAAAAUGGAUACACGUUUAAUGAAUUGUUUGACUUGGUGAAUGAGGAAAUUAUGGGUUUCAGUGUAGGCGAGUUCAAGACCGCUCUUUCAGAUUGUUCAGACUAUUAUGUGUUAGAUAAUGGAAUUUAUCAUUAUCGGCCUUGA